AUGGAAAUGAAGAAGUUGUUUUACAUCGUGGGAGUCCUCACUGUUCUGGUAAUUGUCAGCUUCAAUGGAGCAUAUGGAGAUGGUGAAUGCGGGAAAGCAAACCCCAACAUGGAAGCUUUGAAACUUAUUCCAUGUUCAUCUGCAGCGCAGGAUGCGAAUGCUCCUGUUUCCAGCAAAUGCUGCGCUCAGGUGAAGAUUUUGGGACGGAACCCCAAAUGCCUUUGCGCUGUUAUGCUCUCUGAUACUGCUAAAAGUUCUGGUGCCAACCCAGAAAUUGCCAUAACAAUUCCCAAACGAUGCAACCUUGCUGAUCGCCCCGUGGGUUAUAAGUGUGGGGCGUAUACACUGCCUUGA